AUGACCACUGCAGACCUGUUUGGAGUCCCCGAGGUUUGCUCCUGCAUCAUCAGGAACCUCUCUCGCCGUUCGAUUCUAUGUCUUACACUCGUCUACUCUGGGUUCUACCGUCUGCUUCAUCAGCAGAUUUACUCGUACAUCAAGAUUGGAAACCUCGAAACCCUCCACAAGCUCGUACGGACAGUCCGGAGCCCGGUCAACAUUGGGGCUCUUGGGGGCAGCACUCCGAAAGAUAUCAAGCGAUUGAUAUUGAGCAUUGGCGAGGACACGGACGGACCGAAAGCCAUAUCGUUGUCCGCAGGUCUUCAGGUCAUUAUCUGCCACUGUCCGAAUGUCGCCAUCAGCUUAAGGGUGAUGGAUAAGUUCUGCCACGAGCAGCCGAUCAUCGCCUUCGACGAAGAGUUCUUCCCUCGAGUUGACUUUCUACUUCUCUGCUCGCCGAACAAGCAGAAGUUCAGCCGCGAAUACAUAACAAACUGCGUCGAGAACAUUUUCGCCUCCUCAGCCUCGGCCACGUCCGCCCCCUUGCCCUACCCAGGGCCGGGCCUUCCAGCCUCUUCGUUCCAAGUGAUCCCCAGCCGCCGCGGUACAGUACAAGAUCCCGAGCUUGGAGUCCUCUGUCGUCCGACAGUGCCGUUCUGGCGAGGGUUGCUCGGUGGACAUUCAUUUCCCGACCUGGAGUUCCUGCGCAUCGACCAUGAGCCCGUGUCAGAGACAGAUAUACUCUGCAGGGGACCACAACUGCAAGGCUCCAUUCAGAUUCGUCCUGCCGAUGUCGAAGGCGUGAAACGGCUUGUCUGGUUCGACGUGAGCUACUGCCCAGAAUUCAACGACUCGAUACUCAGCGCGACGUUGCCCUGGAUGGCGAUGAAUCUCACGGGGUUGCGACUCGACAGCAAUCCCUGGCUGACCUAUGGAGGAAUAUCGCGCCUCCUCCACCGCAACCUCCCCAACCUCCGCUUCUUCCAGCUAACCGCCUCCGCCUCGAACGCCUCCGCCGAGCACUCGCAGCGUCAGUUCCUGCGCUCCCGGCGAUCGCACGCGCACCCGCACCUGUGCCCGCUCCUCCGGCGUUUCUGCCAAAACAUCAAGCAAGUGCACAUCAGCAUCCCGUACAUCUGCCGCGACGUGCUUCUCAGCGAGCGGCGCAGCAAGCUCAUGGACACGGUGCUGCGAAAGCGCCAGGGAAAGGGGGAAGAAGAAGAAGAAGAAGCAAGCUACGCCAUCGAGAGGCACUUCGAUGAGCUCGCGCCGGGAAGAUGCAAGCGCAGCCUGGAACCGACGGGGAACGGCUAUGCGAGGGCUUAUAUCGCGGCGCAUAUGUGUCGCCCAGAGGAUCAUGCCGUCUGGGCGGUGCUGGUCGCCGCCAAUUAUAAUAACAUCAUGUGGAUCUUUGGAUUGGAGGAGAAGCUUAGCUGCAUUACGGUCAACCCACAGAUGGAAGCGACUAGCUACCCGUGGAGUGCAGUGGAUACAUUGAUUAGAGAGUAUAUGCAUAAACCGAAUCUCCCCUGUAAGAAAUUUAGGUCUUGAGGGUAGUGGAUUGAUGGAUUAAUGGAUGCAUGGAUGGUCCAUGGAUGGGGUUGGAGAAUGAUGGAAGUACGGCGAUUCCGAUAAGGAAGGUAUGUAGUAGAUAAGAUCAUGGUCGUGCUUGUUCUGAAUGAACAAAGAUGUGAUUCCCAAGUACCUAUGAGAUGCCUAAGGGUGUUGUCCCUUUGUCUUGCCAGGAUGUAGAGUGCUCAAGCG